GCGAGGCGGGGAAGCGGGGAAGAAGCCGGAGCCGGAGCGGCGGGCUCGGGCCUGCGCGCGGGAGGCGCCGCCAUGGCCAAGUCGGGCGGCAACGGGGCGCUGACCUGGGUGAACAAUGCUGCAAAAAAAGAAGAAUUAGAAACAGUUAACAAAAAUGAUGCUUCAAAGAAGUUGUCUGUGGAGAGAGUGUACCAGAAGAAGACGCAGCUUGAGCACAUUCUCCUCCGCCCUGAUACCUACAUCGGAUCUGUGGAACCAUUGACACAAUUAAUGUGGGUGUAUGAUGAAGAUGUAGGAAUGAACUGCAGAGAGGUUACCUUCGUUCCAGGGUUAUACAAGAUCUUUGAUGAAAUUCUAGUCAACGCUGCUGACAACAAGCAGAGGGAUAAGAACAUGACCUGCAUCAAGGUGUCCAUUGACCCGGAAUCAAACAUCAUCAGUAUUUGGAAUAAUGGGAAAGGCAUCCCAGUAGUGGAGCACAAAGUAGAGAAGGUUUAUGUUCCUGCUUUGAUUUUUGGUCAGCUUUUAACAUCCAGCAACUAUGACGAUGAUGAGAAAAAAGUUACAGGUGGCCGCAAUGGUUAUGGUGCAAAACUUUGUAAUAUUUUCAGUACAAAGUUUACAGUAGAAACGGCUUGUAAAGAAUACAAACAUAGUUUUAAACAGACAUGGAUGAAUAAUAUGAUGAAGACUUCUGAAGCCAAAAUUAAACAUUUUGAUGGUGAAGAUUACACUUGCAUAACAUUCCAACCAGAUCUGGCCAAGUUUAAAAUGGAAAAACUUGACAAGGAUAUUGUGGCCCUCAUGACCAGAAGAGCAUAUGAUUUGGCUGGCUCAUGUAAAGGGGUCAAGGUCAUGUUUAAUGGAAAGAAGCUACCUGUAAAUGGAUUUCGCAGUUAUGUUGACCUUUAUGUGAAAGACAAAUUGGAUGAAACUGGGGUAGCCCUGAAAGUUAUUCAUGAACUUGCAAAUGAAAGAUGGGAUGUGUGUCUCACACUAAGUGAAAAAGGAUUCCAGCAAAUCAGCUUUGUAAAUAGUAUUGCUACUACAAAAGGUGGACGCCAUGUUGAUUAUGUAGUAGAUCAGGUUGUUGGUAAGCUGAUUGAAGUUGUUAAGAAAAAGAACAAGGCUGGAGUUUCAGUGAAGCCAUUUCAAGUAAAAAACCAUAUAUGGGUUUUUAUUAAUUGUCUGAUUGAAAACCCAACUUUCGAUUCUCAGACUAAGGAAAACAUGACUCUGCAGCCCAAAAGUUUUGGGUCCAAAUGCCAGCUGUCAGAAAAAUUUUUUAAAGCAGCCUCUAAUUGUGGCAUUGUAGAAAGCAUACUGAACUGGGUGAAAUUUAAAGCCCAGACUCAGCUGAAUAAGAAGUGUUCAUCAGUGAAGUACAGCAAAAUCAAAGGCAUCCCCAAGCUGGACGAUGCGAAUGAUGCUGGUGGCAAGCACUCCCUGGAGUGCACACUAAUAUUAACAGAAGGAGACUCUGCCAAGUCACUAGCUGUGUCUGGAUUGGGUGUGAUUGGAAGAGAUAGAUAUGGUGUCUUUCCGCUCAGGGGUAAAAUUCUUAAUGUACGAGAAGCUUCUCAUAAACAGAUCAUGGAAAAUGCAGAAAUAAACAAUAUCAUUAAAAUAGUUGGUUUGCAAUACAAGAAAAGUUAUGAUGACGCAGAGUCUCUGAAAACCUUACGUUAUGGGAAGAUUAUGAUCAUGACUGAUCAGGAUCAAGAUGGCUCUCACAUCAAAGGCCUACUCAUUAACUUUAUUCAUCACAAUUGGCCAUCACUUUUAAAACAUGGUUUUCUUGAAGAGUUCAUUACUCCCAUUGUAAAGGCAAGCAAAAAUAAGCAAGAAUUAUCCUUCUAUAGUAUUCCUGAGUUUGAUGAAUGGAAAAAACACAUUGAAAACCAGAAAGCCUGGAAAAUAAAGUACUACAAAGGAUUGGGUACCAGCACAGCCAAAGAAGCAAAGGAGUAUUUUGCUGAUAUGGAAAGACAUCGUAUUCUAUUUAGAUAUGCUGGGCCUGAAGAUGAUGCUGCCAUUACCUUGGCAUUUAGUAAGAAGAAAAUUGAUGACAGGAAGGAGUGGCUGACAAACUUUAUGGAAGACCGGAGACAGCGCAGGCUACAUGGCCUGCCAGAGCAAUUUCUAUAUGGCACAGCGACAAAGCACUUGACUUACAAUGACUUCAUCAACAAGGAGUUGAUUCUCUUUUCAAACUCCGACAAUGAGAGAUCUAUACCAUCUCUUGUUGAUGGCUUUAAACCAGGCCAGAGAAAAGUUUUGUUUACCUGUUUCAAGAGAAAUGAUAAACGUGAAGUAAAAGUUGCCCAGCUGGCUGGAUCUGUUGCUGAAAUGUCUGCUUACCAUCAUGGAGAGCAAGCAUUGAUGAUGACUAUUGUGAACCUGGCUCAAAACUUUGUGGGAAGUAAUAACAUUAAUUUGCUUCAGCCCAUUGGUCAGUUUGGAACUCGUCUCCAUGGUGGCAAGGAUGCUGCAAGCCCUCGUUACAUUUUCACAAUGUUGAGUUCUUUAGCAAGACUCCUUUUUCCAGCUGUGGAUGACAACUUGCUUAAGUUUCUUUAUGAUGAUAAUCAACGUGUAGAGCCCGAGUGGUAUAUUCCCAUAAUCCCUAUGGUUUUAAUAAAUGGUGCUGAGGGCAUUGGGACUGGAUGGGCUUGUAAACUCCCCAACUAUGAUGCUAGGGAAAUCGUGAACAAUGUCCGACGGAUGCUGGAAGGAUUGGAUCCUCAUCCCAUGCUCCCAAACUAUAAGAACUUCAAAGGCACCAUCCAGGAACUCGGUCAAAACCAGUAUGCAGUCAGUGGUGAAAUAUUUGUGGUUGAUAGAAACACGGUAGAAAUCACAGAGCUUCCGGUUAGAACCUGGACACAGGUGUACAAGGAGCAGGUUUUAGAACCUAUGCUCAAUGGAACAGAUAAAACACCAGCAUUAAUUUCUGAUUACAAAGAAUAUCAUACUGAUACAACUGUGAAGUUUGUGGUGAAAAUGACAGAAGAGAAACUAGCACAAGCAGAAGCUGCUGGAUUACAUAAAGUUUUUAAACUUCAGACUACUCUUACUUGCAAUUCUAUGGUACUCUUUGAUCAUAUGGGAUGUCUGAAGAAGUAUGAAACUGUGCAAGACAUUCUGAAAGAAUUCUUUGAUUUACGGUUAAGUUAUUAUGGUUUACGGAAGGAGUGGCUUGUAGGAAUGUUGGGAGCAGAAUCUACGAAGCUUAAUAACCAAGCCCGCUUCAUCUUAGAGAAGAUACAAGGGAAAAUUACUAUAGAGAAUAGGUCAAAGAAAGAUUUGAUUCAAAUGUUAGUCCAGAGAGGUUAUGAAUCUGACCCAGUGAAAGCGUGGAAAGAAGCACAAGAAAAGGCAGCAGAAGAGGAAGAAACACAAAACCAGCAUGAUGAUAGUUCCUCUGAUUCAGGAACUCCUUCAGGCCCUGACUUUAAUUAUAUUUUAAAUAUGUCUCUAUGGUCUCUUACUAAAGAAAAAGUUGAAGAACUCAUUAAACAGAGAGAUACAAAAGGACGAGAGGUCAAUGAUCUUAAAAGAAAAUCUCCUUCAGAUCUUUGGAAAGAAGAUUUAGCAGCAUUUGUGGAAGAACUGGAUAAAGUGGAAGCACAAGAACGGGAAGACGUGCUGGCGGGAAUGUCAGGAAAAGCAGUGAAAGGCAAAGUGGGCAAGCCCAAGGUGAAGAAGCUGCAGCUGGAGGAGACGAUGCCCUCCCCCUACGGGAGAAGGGUGGUUCCUGAGAUCGCUGCCAUGAAGGCAGAUGCCAGCAAAAAGCUGCUGAAGAAGAAGAAGGGUGAUCUUGACACCACAGCAGUGAAAGUGGAAUUUGAUGAAGAAUUCAGUACAGCACCAGUGGAAGGCACAGGAGAAGAUGCAUUGACCCCAUCAACUCCUGUCAACAAAACUCCUAAACCCAAAAGGGAGAGAAAGGAGCCUGGCACCAGGGUCAGGAAAACCCCCACGUCAUCUGGUAAACCAGGUGCAAAGAAAGUGAAGAAACGGAAUCCUUGGUCUGAUGAUGAGUCCAAGUCGGAGAGUGAUCUGGAAGAGACAGAACCUGUGGUUAUUCCAAGAGAUUCUUUGCUUAGGAGAGCAGCUGCGGAAAGACCUAAGUACACCUUUGAUUUCUCAGAAGAGGAGGAUGAUGAUGCUGAUGAUGAUGAUGACAAUAAUGAUUUGGAAGAGCUAAAAGUCAAAGCAUCUCCCCUGACAAAUGAUGGGGAGGAUGAGUUUGUCCCUUCAGAUGGCUUGGAGAAAGAUGAGUAUACCUUCUCUCCAGGCAAAUCAAAACCUGCUCCAGAAAAAUCUUCACAUGAGAAAAAAAGUCAGGAUUUUGGGAAUCUCUUCUCAUUUCCUUCACAUUCUCAGAAGUCAGAAGAUGAUUCCGCUAAAUUUGACAGUAAUGAAGAAGAUACCGCUUCUGUGUUUUCUCCAUCGUUUGGUCUGAAGCAAACAGAUAAAGUUCCAAGUAAAACAGUAGCAGCUAAAAAGGGUAAACCUCCUUCAGAUGCAGCUCCUAAAGUCAAGAGAACUCCCAAACAGAAGAAGGUAGUUGUAGAGACUGUGAACUCUGACUCAGAUUCUGAAUUCGGCAUUCCAAAGAAACCCCCAGCACCAAAAGGUAAAGGCCGUGGGGCAAAGAAAAGGAGAGCAUCUGGCUCUGAGAAUGAAGGUGACUACAACCCUGGCAGGAGGACAUCCAAAGCACCCAGCAAGAAACUGAAGAAAACGUCUUUCGAUCAGGAUUCAGAUGUAGACAUCUUCCCCUCAGACUUCACCUCUGAGCCACCGUCACUGCCACGCACUGGCCGCGCUCGGAAAGAAGUCAAGUACUUUGCAGAGUCUGAUGAGGAGGAGGAGGAAGAUGUUGACUUUACGAUGUUUAAUUAAGUGCCCAGAGCACAGACAUUCUCCAGCAAGUCCCCUGCGUUGUCCUUUUGUCUUUUCUGUCUCAGACUUUUGUACAUCUGGCUUACUUUAAUGUGAUGAUGUAUUUGAUGGUUUUUUAUUAUUGUGGUAGGCCUUUUAACAUUUUGUUCUUACACAUACAGUUUUAUGCUCUUUUUUACUCAUUGAAAUGUCAUGUACUGUCCGAUUGGCUUGUAGAAUUGUUUUAGACUGCGUGCAUUAGCACAGAUUUUAAUUGUCAUGAUUGCAGACUACAGACCUGCUUUUUGAAAUGAAAUUUAAACAUUAAAAAUGAAACUGUG